AUGGCCAUCUUCCAAUUGUUCGUCAUUUUGAAGCAAAUCAAACGCAAUCCAAAAAGAGUUCUCACUGUUCCAACUCGUCAUUCCGAAGAAAUCAAUGAAGAGAUCUCUUUGAAUGCAUUCCAACAACUCAUUCAAAAGAUCUUGAAUAUUUCUAGCCAUGACAAGAUGAAAAUCAAGGUUCAACUCGGAGAUCAGUUCAAAUCCAUUCGAAAUGACAAGAAAUGGAAUGAAAUCAUUCCCAAGUUACAACAGAGUGCUGGUCCAAAGGGUACUCUUGAUUUCAAGAUUAAAGUCCGUGUUGAACAUAAGGAUGAAGAUGAAUACGGUGGUAAAUUUGUUAUUUCUCAACAAGUGACACCUCAACAUGCAAAGGAAGACAUCAAAAUUGGUGGAGGCUCAGUAUCAGAAGAGAAAGUAAAUGAAAAGGUUGAAAUCAUGACUCAGCAAGACAAGUCAGAACCUACGACUCAAGUUGUGACUGUUCAAACAUUGAAUGAAAAAGAAUUUUCUGAACCUAAAGCACCACUCGAUGGCGAGACAAUUCGUGAAACUUUGCUACAAUUGAAGGAAGAAAUUACAGAAAUGAAGAAUCAAUUGCAAAUGAAGAAGCAAGAAUUCAAAAGCUUGAAGAGUCAGCUCAAGAAAAGACGUGUUCUUAAUGUUCCUUCCAUUGAAAAUACCUCAACAGUUGAUCCAAUUAAGGAAGCCAACGAAGUAUCCUUGUCAAUGGUUGAAACAAGAAAGAAGAGAAAACAAAAAUCUGGCAAUCCCAACAAGACUGUUGGUCACACACAACAAGGUGACUUGAAAAAGAAAUUGAAGGAAGAACGCAUUCAAGAACAGCAAAAAAAGAAGAUGGAGAGAGAAAAUCUCAAAAACUUUAAGAAGGAACUCAAAUUGAAGAAGGUACAACUACGAGAAUUUAAGCGUUCUCAAAGAUCACGUGAUCCAUCCAUCAAAACUAAUCAUUUCUCUACUCAACAUUGA